UGUCGCGUACGGUCUUGCGUACACAUACGUGCGCGUGCGUUCGUUUUGCGUGGUGUGUUUCUUCGUUGGUUGCGCCUUUUCGUGUUUGCGCGAUUGUCCGCGGUGCGCGUGACUCUUGGUGUUUCGCGCGUUCCACGUCGGUGCGGUGUGUCUGGUGCGAGCACAGGUUUUCGCGCAUCUCUUUUUUUUCCUCGUUCUUGAGAGUGAAACCGACGCGACACGAUGUCCUCUCUGAAGGACAAUAAAGCGCCGUGCGCCCGGCUGUGCCACAUCGUCAAGUGGGACGACUUCCCCGGCUACGGCUUUAAUCUGCACGCGCAGAAAGGCAAGAACGGUCAGUUUAUCGGCAAGGUGGACGAUGGCUCGCCGAGUCAAGCAGCCGGUCUACGACAGGGUGAUCGCAUAAUCGAGGUGAACGAGAUCGACAUUGCGAACGAGACUCACAACCAGGUGGUCGAGCGCAUCAAGGCGUUCCCCAACGAGACUAAGCUGCUGGUGGUCGAUCAGGAGGCUGACGACUAUUUUAGGGAGAAUAAUAUCAUCAUCAAGGGCACCAUGCCCAACAUCAAGGUGAUCAAGACGCCGGAGAAGAAUCCCAACAGCGUGGAGGACCGUUCCGACGGCAGCAAUUGCUCCGUCGACGAGAGCACGCAGAAAUCUAUCGGCUCCAACGAUACGGCGCACAGCACCGUGUCACAGACAACCACAAGCAACAACGAGCCCGACAUGCGGGAAAACGGCAAUACCGGCGUGAAUCACGUGCACGGCACUGGUAACGGCAGCGUAGGAAGCGACGGUGCGACCAACAACAGCGAGCCCCGAUCUCAAGGCUUGAACCUGAAAAUGAGCGCGAAGGAGCUGAGGGAACAGCUGGCGAAGCGCAAAAAGUACGAUCCGAAGAAGGAGUCGAUCGGUUUCAAGGACAAAUUUGACAUCGUGCAGAAACUGUAGAUCUUCCUCGUCUUUUUUUUUCUUCUUCUUCCGACAACAUAUUUUCUUCUCUCCAGUCACAAGUUAUUUCUUUACUUUAAUUCCUCUUUUUCUCGCGAUGCAUCUCGUUUUAACCGACCAAAUUGUUGUUGUUGUAACAAAUACGCUCGGUUGUUCAAACUGUCGCGAAUGCUAUGAGCGAUUUCGAUGUAUCUAAUGUUAAUACAUUUACUUGCAGCAAAGAAACGCUGCGAUGAAUAUGAAGAUAAAAAAAUGAGAAAGUAAUACCGUAUAUAGAAUAACUUCGUUAUAUGAGCCGCAUAUCUGUCGAAAACCUAAUUUAUCAAAUUAUCUUCUUAUUUGAAUCAUCUUUGAUUGGGUUGUAACGUUUGUAGUUUUUUAUAUUCGAUAAAUCACACAUACGUAUAUUACGCUAUUUAUCAUGAAUCGAACUGAACUGACGAUUGUUUCGUUAAUUCACAAUGUAAAAAGUUGAAAUCACAGUGUCACGUAACAAAGUGGUCGCAUGCAAAUUAUCGUCAUUCCUCGUAUUUUUUUCUGAUCUAUGCGGCAUAAAAUGACGCGGCCCAAAUCCCGGAGUUACUUUAUGUAAGUAAUUUUGUGUUACUUUUGCACAAAGGCGAACUUACAUGUGCAAAAAUCUUUGUUAUUUCCGUAACUAAAAGUUAGUUACGACCGAUUUCAGGUCAUCGGUGUAUCUCACACGCACACACACGUUUAUACAGUUAUAAAAAGAGUUUUUUUUUGACAAAAGUUGUGCAAUUGUUAUUUUUUUUU